CCAAAAAGUCAUGCCGUGAAGACAAUGGAGCUUGUUUUUCUGCUCAUCUUCUUUCCGGUCACACUUUCAGUGAAACACUCGCUGAAGUUUUUCUUCACAAUGUCCUCUGGAGUCAAAAACUUCCCAGAUUUUGUGGUUGUUGGGAUGGUUGAUGAAGUUCAAUGGGUUUACUGUGACAGCAUCAUUAACACAGUGGAAGGCAAACAGGACUGGUCACAAAAAAUGUUUGAAGAUGAUCCACAACACUUGGAGUGGUACACUCAGAAGUGUUUAUUACACCAACAUAAAUACAAAGCUCAUGCUGACAUUUUGAAGCAGCAACUGAACCAAACUGAAGGUGUCCACAUCUUCCAGAUGAUGGAUGGCUGUGAAUGGGAUGAUGAGACUGGAGAGGCUAAUGGUUUUGCUCAGUAUGGUUAUGAUGGAGAAGACUUCUUAGCAUUUGACCUGAAGACACUGACAUGGAUCGCUCUAAAACCACAAGCUGUCAUCACCAAACACAAGCGAAACAAAGAUAGAGCUCUCAAUGAAAGGUGGAACUACUUCCUCACCCAGCAGUGCCCUGAGUUAUUGAAGAAGUAUUUGGACCUUGGGAAGAGCUCUCUGCUGAGAACAGAGUUUCCCUCAGUGUCUCUCCUCCAGAAGACUCCCUCCUCUCCAGUCAGCUGCCACGCUACAGGUUUCUACCCUCACAGAGCCGAGAUGUUCUGGAGGAAAGAUGGAGAGGAGCUUCAUGAGGACGUGGAACAUGGAGAGAUCCUCCCCAACCAUGAUGGAUCCUUCCAGAUGAGUGUUGACCUGAACCUUUCAUCAGUCACACCUGAAGACUGGAGGAGGUACGAAUGUGUGUUUCAUCUCUCUGGUGCAAAGAACGACAUCGUCACCAAACUGGACAAAGCAGUGAUCGGAACCAACUGGGGUAAGACUGGAAUACUGACUUUACUAUGGUUUUUUUUAUACCAAAAAUGCAUUGGCAUGCCCUUGAUGCACUGUGAAUGUUUUGUUCUGGUUCCAGUUUCUCCCUCAGAGUUCCCUGCUGGUCCUGUUAUUGGAGGUGUUGUAGGACUGCUGCUGCUCCUGGCAGUCUGUAUCACUGGAGUCUUCAUCUGGAGAAGGAGAGAUAAUGGAUUCAGGCCUGCAAACUCUUCAGACUCGUCAUCCUCUGAUCCAUCUUCAGUCAAAGAUGCAGCUCUUAACUGAUCACAGAGUAACAACAUCUGGAGAGAACUGAUGCUGCUGUCCAGCUGUUUCCUCAAACCUUUGGUGGAGAUGAAUCACUGCAGCAGCUACCAGACACCAAAGAGCCACAACGUUACUCCAGUGGGGCAUCUUUUGUCUUCAGAUAUCAAAUUCAUGUCAGUUAGUCAUGUGAUGUACUGUCUUUGAUGAUGAUGGGAGACAUGCAGCACUUUAACCUCUGCUUCUAAUGCUGGAGUCAAACCUAAAACUUUAAAUGUUCAACUACUCAUGCUUUCACCAAUAAUUAGUUUGACAGUUGCGUUUUAGAAACACUUAUGAAGAUUCUGCACUAGGCCACGAUUGAAUAAACACAGCUUUUGUUUCUCUCUUUGUUUCAUUGUGAUUACAGUUUGAACACUGCAUACCAACUUCUCUCACUUUAACCAAAGUAUAAAUAUCUGAGUUAUGUUUUAGUCUUCCAACACACAUUGCUCCUCCACACCAAGUA